AUGGAAGAAGUCCACACAUCUCCUCAGGUUGUUGUUAAAAAUGGACUUAUUGUUCCUGUCCUAACACAAGAAAAAGUCGAAGAGAGUGAAACAAACAAACGGUUUAAGGAAUUGCAACAAAUGGACAUGACUGACGAAACACUUUCUGAAGUAAGUCAAAUGCUCAAUUGGACGAAUUACUCGUUCGACGAAUAUAUGGAUGGCUUGAUAUAUCCGAUUCCCCUCCACCGUCCUGUAUAUAAGGAACAGCGCCUUUCUCUUAUAUUUAAUAAAGCGGAGAACAGUAAUACUCAAAUUGAGUCGAUCGUUCUCCCAGACAACUUGUGUGAUGUGUUGGAGAUGGAUUACUUCACACCAACAAGAACAAAGGCUGAUAUAUCUAUGGAUCAUUUGCCAAACAUGAAAAGAUAUUUCUUCGACUGA